AUGUAAGUUAUUAGUGCAUUGGCUUAAAUAACUUAAGAAGAAGAUUCAACAAGUGCAUCUGAAAAACUUGGAUAAUUUUUAUAAACCUUGAGAAAUAAAGUUGAAGAGGCAUGGGCAUAAUACACAGCUGAAAAUACUAACGCUUUGGGUCUUUUCUCAUAAUAAAAAGAUCUGUGGUUCAUAAGUUAGACUUGACAAUGUCAAGACUCAUUUAAGUAGCAAAGCUGAAAACUUAUAAGGAACAAUUUCAACUUUAGCCGUUGUCACCUAAGCUGCUAAACUAGAAUUAAGAAUUCUAUUAAAAAAUUAGAAUUGUAAAAUUGAAAAUAUAAUAAAAAUAAGAGAAACUUAGACAUUUCUCCUUUAGUAACAAAAGAUCAAGAAAUUAAAAUUUAUUUGAAGAUGCAAAUGACUUAUAUCAUAGUUUCGAUGUUGAAUAUGAAAUAGUCACUACAGGAAGAAGAUAAGAAUUAGUCUUAGUCAAUAAAUUAAAAGAUUGGCUACUAGAGGAGCUGCUCAAUAAUAAUAAUGAUGUUAAAUAGAUAAAUAUUUUUAGUCAUAAAUUAAACAAAUUAAUUAUUAGUUCUUUUGAUUUAGAGUUUAUCAAUCUCUGA